AUGGACGGCCCAUUCAAUGCCGCAAUUCUCAUCGUCUCAACCACAGCCGCAAGAGAUCCCUCCGCCGAUGCGUCCGCAACGGUGCUCCGCGAGGUGCUGAUGCAGGAUGGCGCCGGCAGGUGGGAUGUUGUCGAUGAACGCAUUGUCUCGGACAAUGUCCUGGACAUCCAGCGGAGUAUCAUGCCAUGGACGGACGGCCCUGAUCCGGUCCAUCUCAUCGUCACAACCGGCGGCACCGGGUUUUCAGUCGCAGAUGUGACGCCAGAGGCCGUUGCCCCAAUGAUACACAAGACGGCUCCCGGCCUGAUCCACGCCAUGCUAUCAGCAUCUCUCGCGAUAACGCCGUUCGCCAUGAUGUCCCGCCCCACAGCUGGCGUCAGGAAUAAGACUGUCAUUGUCACCUUGCCCGGCUCGCCCAAGGGGGCCAAGGAGAACCUCCAAGCCAUCAUCAAGACGCUGCCGCAUGCCUGUCUUCAAGCAGCAGGUUCAAAUUCAAGAGCCCUGCAUGCCGGUGGCAUCAAAAAGCUUGAGGCUGAUGCCGGCAUUGAUCCCAAGAGAUUCACCACCCCAAGCUCCACUAGCGCAUCUCAUCUAUCCAACGACUUCAGUCUGGGCUCCGCGAAACGAUACCGCGAGUCCCCCUAUCCCAUGGUUUCCGUGGAUGACGCUCUUGCUUUGAUCUCAGAGCACACGCCAGAACCACAAACGGAAUCCGUCAAAGUCGACGACAAGAUUGUUGGCCUGGUGCUGGCCGAGGAUGUCAAGGCGAAAGAAGACGUGCCAGCCUUUCGAGCCAGUAUCGUGGACGGGUAUGCCGUCGUCGUGCCCAAAGACGGCAACGUAAAGGGCGUAUUCCCCGUGGCCGGCGUGUCCCAUGCCGCCCCUGGAGAGAUACCACCUUUGAAAGAGGGAGAAAUCGCCAGGAUAACAACAGGCGCUCCGCUACCCCCAGGGGCUACCGCCGUCAUCAUGGUGGAAGACACGACGCUCAAGACCAUGACGGACGACGGUAAGGAGGAGAAGGAAGUCGAGAUCCAAGCGGGCGGUGUCACAGACGGCGCAAAUGUGCGCGAGAUUGGAAGCGACAUUGCGCAAGGCUCCGUGAUCCUCAAAAAGGGAGAGCAGAUAUCCGGAGUCGGGGGAGAGAUUGGCCUCCUUGCUGCCGUUGGCGUGGCAGAGGCCCAAGUCUUCAAGCGGCCCGUCAUCGGCAUCCUCUCCACCGGCGACGAGAUUGUCGACUACAACCGGCCCGGCGGCCUGAAGCUGGGCGAAGUCCGCGAUACGAACCGCAUCACGCUCAUCUCCGCCGCUAGGGAAUGGGGCUUCUCCGUCAUCGACCUGGGCAUCGCCAGCGACAAGCCCGGCACCCUCGAAGAGACACUGCGCGCCGGCCUCCGGGAAGCCGACGUGCUCAUCACCACGGGCGGCGUCUCCAUGGGCGAGCUCGACCUCCUCAAGCCCACCAUCGAGCGCUCCCUCGGCGGCACCAUCCACUUUGGCCGCGUGGCCAUGAAGCCGGGCAAGCCAAGCACCUUUGCCACCAUCCCCGUCAAGGACAAUGCUGGCAACCGUGUGUCAAAGGUCAUCUUCUCCCUCCCCGGCAAUCCCGCCUCCGCGCUCGUGACAUUCCACCUCUUCGUCCUGCCGUCUCUGCAUAAGCAGUCUGGCGUCUCUCCCGUCGGUCUCCCCAAGGUCCCCGUCACACUGGCCCAUGAAUUCAAUCUAGACUCCCGACCGGAAUUCCAUCGUGCCGUCGUGACCAUCGGCCAGGACGGCCUCCUGACGGCGAGCAGCACCGGAGGACAGCGCAGUUCCAAGGUGGGCAGCUUGAGAUCGGCCAAUGCACUGCUUUGCUUGCCCGGUGGCAGUGGGAAGCUGGACAAGGGCUCCAAGGUUGACGCUCUGCUAAUGAAUUCUAUACGCGGAGGGUGA